AACAACAACAUAAGGCGUUGGCAGCAGGUACAAGUUCUCACAUGUCAGGAUUAACUUUUAAUUACUACUUAAAGAAGAUUAAUAUCACAGAUGCUGGACAACAGCCAGCAAAACUGAACUGGGAUAACACAUCUGCAAAAUCCAGGACAGUUUAACACGUCAAACACAAAGGAGGUGGGAGGUCUUUAAAAAGCCUGCUGGUCAUCUGAGACACUUAAUCUCAGUUUGAACUCCCUGCGCUGGAGGAGCACAUCAGGCAUUGCUUUGAAGAGCAACGUCUCAUGACGAAGUGACUUAUUUAACAGCAAAUUCCUUUCUGUGGAGUUGAACUGAAUAUUUGACAAGGAUUUCUUUGCUUCAAUGUGUGAGACAGAGGCGUCUGGGCUUUUUCGCUGUCAAACACGGACCAGAUGACUGUCCUUGUGUCAAUCCUUGUCCAGAGCAGAGCUAAGUUGCAGGUAAAGUGUCUGUGUGUGCUUAUAUUGCUGAGUUUUCCUCUGACGAUGCCUGAGGUCCCUGGUCCCUGCAGACACUCCAUCACUCGAGAGCAUCUACUGACAGUCAGGCGUCUGAUGGAUAACCAAUUGAGGAGUGGGUGCACAAUAACCUACACAUUCAUUGAACAGAGAGGUUUGAGCAAAUGCUGCUUUGUAAAAGCUGCUUUACCCUGGAUCCUGGAGCUCCUCACCACGCACUUCAAAUAUAGCAGAGGUUCAGUUAAUGAUGGCUAUGUUCAGUUUCUGAGAGCUUCCAUCCUCAACAUCUACUCUCAGAAUUGCGUACCUCAGAUUAAUGAGGAGGUUGAGGACAAACCAGAGCAUUUUGAGAUGGUCUUCAGAGGGUCACCUUCAGAGGCAUUGCAGAAGGUUUCUAAGGUGCUGUCUGUUUACUGGGAGCUGAUAACAGCAAGCAACACUUCCAUAGACUGGAGAUGCCAGCAGGAAUACUCAGAAGCCUUCGGUUCUUCCAUCGAGCCACCCACAGAAUCACCAAUGCCACACAUUACAGACAGUUAUGAAACAAAUUCAGAGAAAGAAUUCCACAGAGGGCACAAAAGAGUGCACAAGCUUGGCUUUAUCAUCGCUUCGAUCUGUGGAGGAUUGCUGUUAAUACUAAUGUUCUACUGCUUCAUCACACGACAGAAAAGACUUCUGGCUCACAGAUCAAGAUCAAGAGACCAGCUGGACAUACCGAUGGAGGAGUAAUACAGUGCAUCUGGAGAGUAUUCACAGCGCUUCACUUUUUCCACAUUUUGUUAUUAUUUUGUUACAGCCUUAUUCCAAAAUGGAGUAAAUUAAUUAAUUAAUCCCCCUCAA